CCACAUCAGCAGUGCCACGUCAGACAAAGUGCCACAUCAGCAGUGCCACGUCAGCAACAUGACGGGCCUGCCAGGGCAACUGCCCAACGAGUCCAUUGCCGCCUACAAGCAGCGUUGCCUGGCUCAGAUCGAGGCUGAGGAAAAACGCCAGCUGGCAGCCGAGGCUGCCCGCGUACAGGCUGAAGAGGCAGCAGCAGCAGAGAAGCUGCGAUUACAGGCCGAUGCAGACGCAGACUCCCAGGCUCGCCGCAAGGAAGCCCAGGACCUGCUACAACGGCAUGAAGCCACAAGCACCGACAGACUCAAGUUCUGGCACUUUGAACCAAACGGCGACGAGGCAACACCGGAAGAGAAGCACAAGGAGUUCCUCUCCAAACUCAUGACGCGGUUGUUGUAUGCUUGCAACUACCAACGGUCAGAGUUGGAGAGACAGUACCAGGACCUGACGCAACAGCAUCAGGAGUUGGCACAGCUCAGCCGCAUGGUGCAGAGCCACGAGGAUGCAACCCGGGCACUCAAUGCCCGAUUGCUGGACCUGGAACAGGCUGCACCAGGACCAACUGCUGGGGCUUCCAGCAGUGCACCCUCGAGCCGCCAAGUGGAGGACCGCAUUGACCACGUAGUGGCAAUGCUCGACGACAUCAGCACUUUCGCUGCGCCGACCACCACCAUCAGCAAUCAGCUGCAUACAUUGAAGACCGAGGUCCAGCAGCUGCAGACGACGAACGGGGAUGGCAAUCCGAAGAUGUACAAGAUGCCAACCUUCAAUCUGGAGAGGUUCGAUGACUACACGCAGCAGGAUCCGGUCCUCUGGUGGGAAGCAUUCACAACGCAACUCAGGAUUCUGCCCACCUGGUUGAGCCACCUGGCAACCACCCACGGCGUCGAUGUACCAGACUUGUCGGACGUAAUCACAUGGGAGGAACUGUCACGACUGUGGAAGAAGCGGUUCAUCGUCGACGACGCGCCGACACUCGCCAUCAACCGUUUGUUCACCAUGUCACAGGGCAACACAUCAGCACGGGACUGGCUCACGGAGUGGCAGAAGAUUGCGGUUGUGCCCAAUCUGAACUUACCAUUUGAGCAUCUACGCCGUGAGUUCUACAACAGGUCCUGUGCUGCAUUGAGCCAGGCUCUUGGUGAUCGCGAGCAGUACUCGACCUUUGCUGAGAUUAUUGACAAAGCAAGGGAGAUCAUCAAGACCAACAGGACAGUUUCCAUGGGUCAAGUUUGCCUUGACCGAGGCGGAGUACAAGGUCCGUGGCCGCUACGGCAGCUGCUAUUGGUGCAACAGCACCAAGCACAAGACCUCCCUGUGCCAAGAUCAGGGCAAGGAGGAUGUGCGACCCCGCCUCAGCUCGGGAAACUGAGCUCCGCGGAAGGUGAGGCGACUCCACCUUCUACUCCGCCAGAUUCGGCCGCCUUGCUAGCGGCCUCCAGCACAUCUGGGGAGGAUGCGAAUGUCGCAAGUCCUCGGUAUACUUACGAGGAUUAUGCUGUCCACUUGGUUCCACCGCUGGACCAACCGGUCCACGUGCAACAGUCCACCGCAUGCACGGUUUCAUCACCAUCGGCAACCGAUUCGGCAGUUUCGCUGCAAUCUAUCGUCGGGGAUCCAACGUCAUGGUCAAGACUUGAUGAGCUCGAUCCGUUGACGUUCACGGACUUCCAGUGGAUGCCCGUUCCCUCGACCGGACAAUUGCCGAAACCGCAUUGCAACGUGCUUAUGGCACAAUUGCGGGACUACUUGCACACUCCAGUACCAGCUCCGUUGAUGGACGCCGGAGCAGAGGUUGUCGACCUUUACGUUUUCAUCGCGAAUAUCGACCGCGAGUUCAAGACGCAACGGUACGACGACAUCGACGCACCAUUGCUAUACAUACGCAUUCAGAUCGGAGAGGCGACCUGCAGUGCCUUGAUCGAUUGCGGAGCAUCUCGCAACUACAUCAACCAGGACUUCAUGGUACGCGCCGGCCUUGGCCCACGUGUCCGGAGGAAGUCCCAGCCUACGCAAGUCACGUUGGCAGACGGUCAUACGCACAAGUCAAUUGACCGGUGCAUUGACGCCGUCCCCGUGUACUUUGCCCCUCACGCAAGUGAGGCGGUGUCCUUUGAUAUUCUGGACAUCAAAUUUGACAUGAUCUUGGGCAUGUCAUGGUUGCGAAGCAAGGAUCACCCAGUGAACUUCUUCAACCGCACCGUUCACGUUCAUGACCAGAACGGGGUAUUAGUUCCAUGCACGGAGCCUCUUCCUCAUCCUUCGAUCAGCUGCCACGUGGUAUCCGCCGCAAGCAUGCGAGCUUCCAUCAUCAGAGACGACAUCGAGGAGAUGGGGGUGUGUUUUCUCCACGCCCUCCCGCCCCGAGACGCUUCAUCGACGGACUCACCUUCGGAUCCACGCAUCACCGAACUUCUUGACGCCUACAGCGACGUGUUCGAAGGCCCGCACGGAGUAGUACCGGAUCGACCCAUCCGCCACGAGAUCAUCCUCGAGGACGGGGCCGUACCUCCGCGCGGCUGCAUCUACCGAAUGAGCGAGGAAGAGUUAAGUGUGCUCCGCGCACAACUCGACGACCUUCUAGAGAAAGGUUGGAUCCGGCCUAGCUCAUCGCCAUACGGUGGUCCUGUUUUCUUCGUCCGGAAUAAGAACAAGGACCUGCGGUUGUGCAUAGAUUAUCGCAAGCUCAACGCGCAGACGAUCAGGAACGCCGGCCCUCUCCCACGCAUCGACGACCUUCUCGAGCGAUUGGGCGGCGCCCAGUUCUUCUCUAAGCUGGAUCUCAAGUCAGGGUACCACCAACUCGAGAUUCGCAAGGAGGAUCACUACAAGACCGCGUUCAAGACUCGAUAUGGGCAUUUCGAAUGGAUGGUCAUGCCAUUUGGCCUUACGAAUGCCCCAACCACUUUCCAAGCGGCUAUGACGACGGAGUUCCGACACAUGCUGGAUCGUUUCGUACUUAUCUACCUCGACGACAUUCUGGUUUACAGUCGGAGUCUGGACGAGCAUGUGGAACACCUGCGCACCGUUUUGGAGCGGCUACGACAGGCCAAGUACAAAGCAAACCGCGACAAGUGCGAGUUCGUGCAGCAGGAGCUGGAGUACUUGGGACACUAUGUGACGCCGCAAGGCACGAGGCCCUACGAGUGUGGCCCGAGCCCACCAACACCACGGACGUUCGUUCAUUCAUGGGGUUAGCGGGCUACUAUCAGCGAUUCAUCACCGAAUACUCCAAGAUUGCUGCACCUAUGACGAGGUUACAGUCGUC